AUGCAUCUGGGAAGAGGCGAAAACAGACGGCACGCCAAGGUACAGAGCCGGCUUUCUGCGUGUGGCUUUGGCGUGAGGGCGAGUUUCUCCGCGCCGCCCGCAGCCCACCCGGCACCCGGAGUAUCCCAGAGGGCCCGGCCGCCUUUUUGGGAGCAGUUCUCCAGGCAACCACGCCCCUCCCCAUCCCCCCGCCCGCAGGAAGUGCCACCGCCCAGCUCGGGCCCCCGGGCAGCGCCUCCGCCGUCUCCCGAGCUGGCACCCGCCGCCCUUGGAUCAGCCUGGGCGCGCCCGGGCCCAGACGCGCACGAAGUCUCCUCCCGAAGCCCCGGCCCCGAAGGAGAAAACGCCGAGCGCUGGGCCCAGCGCGCCCCCGCUUUGGGGAAGCCCGGGCUCGGCCGGCGGCAGGGUGGCGCCCUCUGGGGCCCUCCCGAGGGUCAGCUGCGGGCGGCGGCCGGGGCGCGGCGGGCGCGGGAAGCCAGAGGACGGCUGACUCAUCUUCCUUCCCGCCGCCGCAACCCAUGUGACUCACGGUGGAACUCAGCUCACAUCCAGAUUCCAGCACCGGCAGCAGCCACGUGGGAGGAACCAUCCAUCACCACGGCCUCUGAUCCUGGACCUCUUGAUUCAUGCUACAACACAGAGGAACCUUGAGGACAUUAUGUUAAGUGAAUGCCCUCUGCUAUAGUCUGGGAAACUCUGCCAGGUUCUGAGCCAGAGAAGGAAGAGGACGGCCUCACCCUGCGGACCCCACCCUCCAGGAAUGGAUUUAUGCUUCAUUGUUGGUGGCAACUAUAGAAACCACAGAAAACACCUAUUCAUCCUUUAGAUCUCAGGCCCCUGAAAUCUCGGGACCUUCCCUGACUGCUGGAAGUGUCAGAAACCCCAUGAAAAGUGGAAUCUUAUUUCUCACAUCGGUGAAAUCAGGGCGCUCUCCAUGGAGUCCUCCAGAGCCCAGGCUCCUUCCCCCUCUGCCAGCCUGAGGGCAAGUCCCUCUGCCUCGGUCCAAGGAGUACUCAACACACCAUUGGAAGAGAAUCGAUUGCCACCAACUCAAACUCUCUGUCACCUUCUUCCUGCGUGCACUCAAGGUAUCCGCUGGGUCUCUGUCCCACCUGGCUGUUGACUGUUCUGCCACCUUAUAAAGGAAAGGUGAGCCUCUUAUCAACCGUGUGCAAGAGGAGGGUAGUGGGACUCCCCCCGACCCUGCAACCACCACUGUGGGCGGGCAAUAGGCUGCAUCGUCCAUAGAGAAUUUUAAAACAUUAACCGUCCCCCAAAUGGGCUGCUCUGUAUUAUCACCUCGGGGCGAUUCCAAACAACCUCAGUAGGGACUUCCCUGGUGCCGCAGUGGUUAAGGCUCCAUGCUGUCAGUGCAGGGGGGCCCGGGUUCAAUCCCUGGUCAGGGAACUACAUCCCACAUGCAUGCCGCAAUGAAGAGUUUGCAUGCCACAACUAAGGAGCCUGCGAGCCACAACUAAGGAGCCAGCAAGCCGCAACUAAGGAGCCUGCCUGCCACAACUAAGGAGCCUGCCUGCCACAACUAAGACCCGGUGCAACCAAAUAAAAACAAAUAAAUAAAUAAAUAAAUAUUGGGGGAAAAUGUCUUAAAAAAAUAAAAUAAACAACCUCAUUGAUAACAUAUUCCUCCCUGAAAAAAUAUUUUGUUGGUCUAAGUUCUGAAUCUACACAAAUGUUGUGGUUUCCACUGGCUUUCAAUAAUAGAUAUGUAAACUUCACAUUGGCCUAUCUGUGUAAUUUAACCUUUAAAAAACAUUAUAUUCAACAUAGAAUUUAAUCCUGAAAACGCCAGUUAUACAGUGGGCCCCGGACACCCACCACCUCAGCCCCAUGGACCCCUUUCCAGAGUGAGUUUAUGAGGAUUCCCUCCUUCGGAAUCAUCUGAGCUCCCUUCACGCUAGGUCAGCACCUCCAUCUCUGCAACACGUAUCUGUGUUCAAACAGUAGAACCAAAGGAAACCGUGACGGCACCUUGACUAUAAAAAAAGAAAUGAAUUGAGUUAUUUACCUCUGUCUACUUGGACUUUUUUAUUUUUUUUUUUGUGGUAUGCGGGCCUCUCGCUGUUGGGGCCUCUCCCAUUGCGGAGCACAGGCUCCGGACGCGCAGGCUCAGCAGCCAUGGCUCACGGGCCCAGCCGCUCCGCGGCAUGUGGGAUCCUCCCGGACCGGGGCACGAACCCGUGUCCCCUGCAUCGGCAGGCGGACUCUCAACCACUGCACCACCAGGGAAGCCCUACUUGGACUUUUUAUGUGCGUUAAAAAAUUUUAAACCGUGAAAAGGAGGGCAAAUUACAGGUUAGACUUUUUUUGUUGAGUCAGGACAAACAUGAAAUGUCAUCAUUUCUUUUUAUGAUUAUUGCUGAAAAUAAUUUUGUCUAAUGGAGAGGGAAGGUGUUUAAUCCAUGCCACGUGAGACGCUUCAGGUGUGCCUCAGCCUCUCCCCGCUCCUGGAUUUUGUUAGGAAUUAUUGUUAAUUAUUAUCAAUGCUUGGAAUGCAAAAACUUUGUGGCCCCAAAAAAAAGCCACCAAAAUGUCAGCUUUGAUGACUCCUCCUUUAAUCGAAUCACCGCAAGCCUGUGACACAUCUUCAUGUCUUCUCUGUCAUGUAUGUAUUUUUGUUAUGGGCACAAUAUGAAAUUAAUAAAAAGAAGAUAUUUUGUGGAUGGA